CAUGUUUAAACCUACGAAUGCCCUUUUCGGAGGUCUUCUCUGGUAAGGAUUCCGGAAGACUCCGUGGCGCCUGUCCUCCCCCCCAGAAAGCCCGGCAGCGCAAGCGUCUGCGCGCCGUGGACAGCGUUGUCGAUACCCUCAGCGCUGCCCUCGCUCGCAACGGACAGAGCGCAAAGGCUGUUGAGCGGUGGUAUGCAGAGAUGCCCCGCGAGGAGGAGAUGCUCCCCAAGGACAAGUACACUCUCUUCGAUAAGAAGGAGAAGAGCUACCGCAAGGGCAUUCACAGUAUGCCAAACCACUUCCUCCGGACCUACCCUUGCUUUCUGUCUUGGGAAAUUAUGCUAACGGAUAUUCCUUUCCUUGCAGAGCUGCCCAAGUGGACUCGUGUCAGCCAACGUGUGAACCCCCCCUGGUUUCUAAAUUCGAUUUUUGCAAUACCCCGAACACGAAAGAACUCCUCCUAUUCGCCGGCCAAAAGAAAAUAUCGGCAUCUGUAUUAUACGCAUCAACCCCGACCUGGCAGUGUCAUU